ACUAAACUAACAUUUCCUAAUUCCCACCUAAUUUCCAGUUCUCCACCACAAUUUAAAUUCCUAUCUUUUUUUCCUCUACUCUUCAGUCUUCACUAUUCACUUCCGCCAUGAAAACAUUCACAAUUUUCCUCAAAACCUCAAAUUCUUCUUCUUUUUCUCUCCUCCGUAAACGUCGUUUUUUCUCUUCCCUCCCUCUCUCUCAUCCAAUCUACACAAUUUGGGCCGCCAAUACAAACCUCGGAAAAACCCUAAUUUCCGCCGGAAUUGCUUCUUCUGUCCUUGAAUCCCCAAAUCCAUCUCAAUUUCACUACAUUAAACCACUUCAAACUGGAUUUCCUUCCGAUUCCGAUUCUCGCUUCGUUUAUCGCAAGGUUUCCGACGUCUUCCUUCGUCGCAGUGCUGAUUUCUCUCUCCUCGCGUCCAAUCAUGUCGGCAACAUGUCCAAUGCUGCUGCUGCGGAGGUGGUUGGGAGGUAUGAGGAGCGGAAGGUGGGAGGAGAGUGUGGUUUAGGGGAAAAGAAGUUGAUUUGUAGGACUUUGUAUGCGUGGAAGGAGGCAGUUUCGCCGCAUUUGGCGGUAAGGAGAGAGUGUGGAGAUGUUAAUGAUGAAGAGUUGUUGAAGACGCUGGAGAAAUGCUUGUGGUCCGGUGUCGAUGACGAGGACAAGGCUGAGUGUUGGACUUUGAUUGAGACUGCUGGUGGUGUUGCUAGUCCUGCUCCUUCUCAAACUCUUCAAUGUGAUCUUUACAGGCCUUUCCGUAUACCUGCUAUCCUCGUUGGAGAUGGAAAGCUAGGUGGUAUUUCAGCAACAAUAUCUGCAUAUGAGACUUUAAAGCUUCGAGGCUAUGAUGUGGUAGCUGUUGUACUUGAAGAUUGUGGCCUUGCCAAUGAUGCAUCCUUGAAAACUUAUCUACAGAAUAGCUUGCCAGUUCUUUCCCUGCCAUCUAUUCCACAAGAUCUGUCGGACGACCUGAUGGAAUGGUUUGAUAAAUCCAAUGAUGUUUUUGCUUCCCUCAAGGACAUACUGCAGUCAGCUUUUUCUGAGCGAGUGAAGAGAUUGCAUGACUUGCGAAAGAAGGCAGGAGAUAUCAUAUGGUGGCCAUUUACACAACAUGGACUUGUACCGGAAGAAAAGGUCACAGUAAUAGAUUCCCGUUGCGGUGAAAACUUUGCAGUACACAAGGCUGACACUCGCGAUGUCAUAACUCAACAGUUUGAUGCUUGUGCUAGUUGGUGGACUCAAGGGCCUAAUUCUGCCUUACAGAUUGAAUUGGCUAGAGACAUGGGUUAUGCUGCUGCAAGAUAUGGGCAUGUGAUGUUUCCAGAGAAUGUUUACGAACCAGCAUUGGACUGUGCAGAGCUUUUGCUGGAAGGAGUUGGAAAAGGUUGGGCAUCUCGGACGUUUUUUUCAGAUAACGGAUCGACGGCAAUUGAAGUUGCUCUUAAGAUGGCAUUUCGCAAAUUCUUGCAUGAUCACAAAAUCAUGGUGGAUAAUAUGGACCAGAUAUCUAAGAGAUCCGUAGAGUUCAGGGUACUGGCUCUUAAAGGAUCCUAUCACGGAGAUACUUUGGGUGCAAUGGAAGCACAAGCACCAUCGUCCUAUACUGGCUUUCUGCAGCAACCAUGGUACAUAGGUAGAGGACUCUUUAUAGAUUCACCAACUGUGUGCAUGCAACGUGCAAAUUGGAAUAUUCUUUUACCUAAUGAACUUCUUUCUGAUAGACAUAAAGAGGAAGAUCUGAUGUUUGGAUCCAGGGAUGAACUUUUCUCCGAGAACAGGGAUAGAUCAAAGGUUUCCAGUAGUUAUUUAGCUUAUAUAUCAAAACAGCUAUCGGCAUUCUCUAGAAGGGAACAGGACAAAUGGAUAGCUGCUCUGAUAAUUGAACCAGUCAUACAUGCUGCCGGAGGUAUGCAUAUGGUUGACCCACUUUUUCAAAGGAUCCUUGUUAGAGAGUGUCAAAAGCAAAGAAUUCCAGUCAUUUUUGAUGAGGUUUUCACUGGAUUUUGGCGCUUGGGGGUAGAGUCUGCAGCAGAGCUCCUUCAUUGUUCACCUGAUAUAGCCUGCUAUGCUAAGCUGGUUACUGGUGGAAUUAUACCUUUGGCUGCUACAUUAGCAACAGAAGCUGUUUUCCAAACAUUUUUGGGAGACUCAAAGCUGAAAGCACUUUUGCAUGGACACUCGUAUUCUGCGCACGCUAUGGGCUGUACAGCUGCUGCUAAAUCAAUCAAGAGUUUCAAAGAUCGAAUGAAAAAUCUUAAUUUGACCUCCGAAGGAACAACACUCAAAGAGGUAUGGGAUGCGGAACUUGUUAAUACGAUCUCAAUGCAUCCCCAAAUCAAAAGAUUGAUUGUAUUGGGCACGGUUUUUGCUGUGGAGCUUCAAACUCAUGGUUCUAAUGCCGGGUAUGCAUCUACUUUUGCCACAUCUAUACUUCAGAAGCUUCGUGAGGAUGGCAUAUAUACGAGGCCAUUAGGGAAUGUUAUUUAUCUAAUGUGCGGACCUUGCUCUUCUCCUCGUGUCUGUAACCAAUUACUUCUGAAGCUGUACCAUAGAAUUGAUGAGUUUUACAAAAACAAUUCUUAGUUUUUCGAUUGUUUUGGCAGCAAUUAGUUGAAAAUAUGUAGUGUUUUUGGCUAGAGUUCAAUGAGUACAAUGAGAUACCAGAUAUUGAUCGUGCGUUCUUGAA